GAUGUUAUCAUUACUUACUUUGUAUCUACUAUACACGCUUUUAACGAAGUUUAUUGUUUUUUUCCUUGUUUUGUAUUAAAUAUUGUUUGAAUUAAUUGUUAAAUAAUUAAAUAUUAUUCAUUAUGUCUAAAUCAAACAUUCAGACACAAUUGACUCAAUGGGUAUCAAAAAAAGCUGAAAAGCGUUGUUGUGAUGACAGCACUGGACCCAUCACGAAAAAACUUCAUACAUCUGAUCCACAAUCUUCCAAUUCAAAGAAUAUUAUUCCAAUUGAAUCAUCUACAUCUGAUCCACAAUCUUUCAAUUCAAAGAAUAUUAUUCCAAUUGAAUCAUCUACAAUGACACAAAAUGAUGAAUCUACUAAAUUAAGUAAAACUACUUGUAACAGUGCAGUUUGUGAUGACACAUACAAUAUGGACAUUGGAAACUUUUUAAGAACACCCGGUCGUACAUUAUCUGAUAAUAUUAAAGUAAAAAUAAUUAAUAUGGAUAAUAUACCACCUGAUGACUUCAUAUAUCCAUUUACUAUGAAUAUUAGAAAUGGUAAGAAUGUGAAAAGAUCAUUAAGAAAAAGUUAUUUCGAACAAAACAAAUGGCUAAUUUAUUCUCAUGUUAAGUCCGGUUUGUUCUGCAAGUAUUGUGUUUUAUUUAGCAAUAAAGGAGGAAGGUAUAACACGAUAACUUUGAAAAAAUUUAUCAUUGAACCUGUAACUAAAUUUUCAAAUUUAACUGGGAAGGAUGGAGACUUGGAGGUACAUAGAAAUAAUAAAUAUCAUAUUACUGCUAUUCAAAUCGCAGAUGACUUUUUGAAAACUCUUUACAACCCCCAAAAUGAAGUUAUUAAUUUUAUAAAUAAUGAGAGGCUGAGUCAAGUAAUCGAAAAUCGAAAAAGACUCAAACCGAUCAUCGAAUCGAUUUUAUUCCUCGGCCGUCAGAAUAUUCUGUUUAGAGGCCACCGUGAAAAGGGAAAUAUUUUAGACAAUAAUGAUUCCAUUGUAAAUUCAGGCAAUUUUCGUGAGCUACUCAAGUAUAGAGUACUUAGUGGGGACUCUAUACUAGAAAAACAUUUAACAUCUAAGUCGAAAUCAACAUAUAUUAGUCCUAGGGUUCAAAAUGACCUGAUUAACUGUUGUAAACAAAUUAUCACACUACAAAUUUUAAAAGAGGUUAAAGAUUCCAAAUUUUAUAGUGUGGUAUUUGAUGAAACGACUGAUAUAAGUCAUGUAUCUCAGAUGUCUCUUAUAUUGCGAUAUAUUAUUAAUGGCGUAGUGCAAGAAAAUUUUAUUUCAUUUAUUAACUGCCUUGCAUAUACAUAUAGUAUUCAAGAAGACACUGACAAUAACAUAUGUGAACCUAAACUUACUGGUGACAUUUUGGGUAAUACAGUAAUUAAAAUAUUAAAAGAAUUUUCUUUAAACCUGGACUACUGCGUUGGGGUUGGUACAGAUGGUUGUUCAGUAAUGGUGUCUUCAAUCCGAGGAGCUGUUAAAACUAUUCAAUCAAUCGCAAAGAAUGCUGUUCACUGUCCUUGUGCUAACCAUGCCUUAAAUUUAGCUAUUUCUAAAUCAUCGACCGUACAAUGUAUUAGAAAUAAUGUUGGUCUAUUAAAAGAAAUAAUCUCUUUUUUUAAUAUGUCUUCCAAAAGAAACUUUGUACUAAAAACCGUUUUAAAUUGCAAGCCUCAUUUAAAAAGUCUUUGUGAAACCCGAUGGGUGGAACGCCAUGACAGCAUAAUGAUUUUUAAGGCAUCAAUACCUCAAAUUAUAGAAGCCUUAACCAAUAUUUCCGAGUGGAGUGAACAAGAUUCUUCAUCGAAAGCAAAAAUAUUAUUAACAGCUAUGUGUACUUGUGAGUUUAUUAUUUCAAUUGAAAUAUUAUCUAACUUGCUUAGUGUCACAGCUCCAAUUUGUAAAAUACUUCAAGGAACAGAUAAUGAUGUUUUAGCUGCCUUUGAUUGUAUUCAAGAUGUUAUAAGUAUUUUGGAAAAUAAACGUACCCAGUGUGAAAAAGUUUUUCAACAAUUAUUCGAAGACAGCAGUUUAUUGAUGAAAGAUCUUGACAUUGAAAUAAAAACUCCAAGACUUUCUAAACACCAAAUUAAUCGCUCUAAUCACCAAUCUAAGAGUACCGAAGAAUAUUACAGGGUGUCUGCAUUUAUACCAUUAUUAGACAAUGUAUUAGAAGACUUAAAAUCAAGAUUUUUAAACAAAAAAAACAAAACAAUAAUGAUAUUAAUUCAACUUAUCCCAAAACAUAUUAUUCAUAUUGAUGACAAGAUGAUUAACACAGUCACAGAAACUAUAGUAACACAUUAUAAAUUUGAUGAUGAAGCAUUAGAAGAGUCACAAUUGAAAUCUGAAAUAGAACUUUGGAAAGAGAAAUGGAACAGAAUAAAAAGUGAAGGGAGUUGCAAGUCCUCUCUAGGUAUAUUUAGGUGUGGAAGUAAUGUACUAUUUACUAGAGAACCUACAAAAUCCGCUGAAGAACCGCCAACUAUAAAUGUAGACAGUUAUACUAGUCAUACUAAUAGGUAAAUAUAAACGUACUUAUAUAUGUAAAAAAUUUAAAUAGUUUAUUAACUAUGGAUUGAAUGUCGAUUGGCAAAAUAUCCGUACAGGUUUGCAUUGCGUUACGUAAGAUAUAAGCCAUACAACCAAUGCCUGAAAUAUUUGUUUUUAAAUUUUCGUAGAGAAUUGCAUAAACAUUUUUUUAUGCUUUUUCUUUCGACGCCACCGAAAUUCUUAUUACAAUUAUCACCCGAAAAAGUAACUAUUUUAUCGGAUAGGUUAUAUUUUUUUUAAACAUCCAUUAUGUAUUUAGUUAAAAUAUCCGCGGUUUUACCUUGUAAAUUUGUAAAUCCUAAAACUUUGAUUUGUACACCUUCUUGGGGAUUAAAAUAUCGGAUAAGAAUUGGUACGAGUUUUAGAUUUUUGUGAUUUGAUGUAUCCACCAUAAGUGUUGCAAAUUUAUUAUUUUUUAACUCUUCUAAAACUUGUUCCAUUGCAAAAGCGGCAAUUACUUUUGAAAUAAUCAAUUCAUAUUUCAUUCGAGCAUAAGAAAAUUGUUUAUCGUGAAUUUUUUUUAUCAGUGAGAACAGUGAGAACAAUCCAUUGAAAGGAUAUAAUGAUUGUAACUUUUUAUAUUUCAUCCAAUUUUCCAAUAA